AUGGAGGACGUCGAAGACCAGAACGUGGUUGUUUCCUUUGUUCACACUCAGCCUUGGGUUCUGUAUUUUGAUGGUAGCAACACUGAUCUUUUAUCAGGAGCGGGUGUCGCAUUGGUUAAUCCUUCCGGAGUAAGACAUUGUUACUCUUUUCAGCUAGAAUGGAAGUGCACUAACAAUCAGGCAGAAUAUGAGGCCAUCAUCAUUGGCCUGGAGCUGUUGCUUGAUCUGGAGGUCACCGAGGUAGAGGUAUUAGGUGAUUCACUCCUAGUUAUUAACCAGCUCAAGGGUGUCUACAAGUGCAACAAUUUUACAUUACUCCCUUUUUGGGAGCGAGCAUCGGAAUUAUGGCAUUCACGAAAGGAUUUUGGAGGUUCAGAGACGCACAUUACCUUCCUUUAUGGCAAGGAAAUAGAUUGGCGGCAACCGAUUAUCCAGUACCUCAAUGAUCCUUCUGCACCGGUGGACAAGAGGGUUAGAUAUUUUACUACUAACUACGUUUUUCGAGGCGGUGAGGUAUUCCGCAGGGCAGAAGAUGGCUUGUACCUGUGA